UCCGUCGCAGUAGCUGCUGAGCUCUUGUCAAAAACAGAUAGUAUCUCCUUUCCUGUUUUAAAACGCGAAACGACGAUGAACUAUUUAUUAGCAUUUGCGUUCUUCGUGGGUAUCUAUCACGUAAGGACAGCAGACGAUUUUGAUUUACCUGAUUACAUGCAUCAAUGCGAUUUAGAUUCUAAAGUUUUCCAAAAAUGUGUAAGAGAAGAGAUAGAAAAAAGCCUUCCACAUUUCACAAAAGGCAUUCCUAAACUCGGAGUAGCAUCGAUAGAUCCCGUCGAUUUGGACGACAUCUUAAUUGAUGGAAAUGGUCUCAAAUUAAAAUUUACUAAUGCACAAUUGCACGGACUUAGCAAAAUGAAAUUGUCGGAUUUCGAGGUCGAGUUUGCAGAUGAUAAUGAGAAAUUCAAUUUGGCACUCGUAGCAAAUUUGAGUUUGACAGCCAAAUACAAUGCCGAUGGAAAAAUAUUGAUACUUCCUAUUAAAGGAGAUGGAGACGCUUUAAUUAAAUGCAAAAACGUUGAGGUCGAAAUCGCUAGUAAAUUAAGUCACGUCAAAGGUGACUCAGGGGAACACUUCAAGCUAACAGUACCUAACUACAAAUACAAAAUUCAAUCAACGAAUUUCGAUUUAAAGAACUUGUUCAAUGGAAAUAAACAACUUGCUGACACAACUAUCCAAUUUGCAAAUCAAAACUGGGAACAGCUUAUGGACGAACUUGCUCCUCCUGUUAUAAAGCAGAUUGUUAAGACUAUCGUCAAAACCAUCAACAAAUUCUUUUCAAAAAUCACCAUAAAUCGCAUGGUUAAGGGAUAUAAAAAGUCAUCAUAAAAUUGUAAAAUCCGAAUUAUUUAAUAAAGUAGUGUGAUCUCCAUAACGGA